UGUGUGUGUGUGUGUGUAAUCUGCAACCCAGAGCUUGGAUUUGAGAAUUGCACACGCAACUUUAGUUUGAAAACAAAUCAUCACGUUCAGUUUCAGCUUAUUUCCGAGUGCUACGGGUUUCCUCUGCGUUUCUAAACAUCCAUACUAGUUGUCCCCUGCCAAGAGGCAGCUACGGGAUAUGUCGAGAGGCGGGGACCUCUCUCUUUCCACCUAAAUCCUCCCCAAGUUGGGACCCUGCUGACGUGCUAUGACAUGAAGCAGGACCACAGUUGUGGACAUUACUGAAGUUGGAAGGUUGUGUUGACCUUUCUGUAUUUCUCAGCUGAACUGAGCAUAUAUCUUGCCCAAGACAGUGGGCUAGCUAUCCUGCUGUUUGUUCUCCCCUUGGCCAGACGUUAAACACAGCAACCAUCAUGCAGAGUUCAUCGCUUCGCCGGCAGAUGAAAAACAUGGUCAACAACUACACAGAGUCAGAGAUCAAGGUCCGAGAGGCCACCUCCAAUGACCCCUGGGGACCCUCUACCUCCCUCAUGUCUGAAAUAGCAGACUUGACCUACAAUGUGGUGGCCUUUACUGAAGUCAUGGGAAUGAUUUUGAAGAGGCUGAACGAUCACGGCAAAAAUUGGCGCCAUGUUUACAAAGCACUCAUGUUACUAGACUACCUGGUCAAAAUGGGCUCUGAGCGUGUGGCCAAAUCAUGCCGGGACAACAUAUUCACCAUUCAGACGCUUAAAGACUUCCAGUACGUUGACCGAGAUGGACAUGACCACGGUAUCCAUGUCCGAGAGAAGGCUAAGCAACUGGUGGCUCUGUUAAAGGAUGACACGAAGCUAAAGAGCGAGAGGAGCCAGGCACAGAAGACUAAAUCACGGGUGGGGAGAGGCAGCGCUGGAUACAAGGGAAGCCACAGUGGGGAUGAUUUCAACAGAUGCAAAGGAUCACCAUAUCUCAGCUCCUCCCUUGUAGCAUCCCCUUCAUCUCGACUUGGCCCAGACCUCGAACAAGCCAUUCCAGCAUCUAGUGGAGAAGAGGAGCUGCAGCUGCAGCUGGCUCUGGCUAUGAGCCGAGAAGAAAGUGAAAAGCCACCUCCCACAGUGGACAUUGAUGAACAUACUCAGCUUCAGAUCGCAAUGAAACUCAGCAAAGAGGAGGCCAAGAAGCCAGUCAAACGUGCACCUGCUCCCGCCCUGGAAAUAGACGAGGACGCCCAGCUCCAAUUAGCCCUGAGCCUGAGCAAGGAGGAACACCAGCAGGAGCAGCUCACUCGCCGAGGAGAUGAUUCUGAUCUCCAAAAAGCUCUGGAGGAGAGCAAACGUGAAAUGCAGGGAAAAGGCGGGACGGCCUUCAUGGACCUGGUUGAUAUUUUUGCGGUACCUGCAGAUGCACCUCCCAGGGAGAUUUGCUGGAGUAAUGCUACACACCAGGCAGCAGCUGGGGCUAAGGCUACAGACCCCAGGGACUCCCUGGACUACGUCCCAAGAGCUGAUUCUCCCUGGAUGGUGCCACCUUCCCACAGCCCCCCACCACCGUGGGAACCUCCAGCGUACCCCUGGAAUGCCCUGCAAGAUGUCUCCCACCCCAAAGCCCAGGACUGGACAGCUGCCUCCUCUAGAGUCGAUCCAUUCUUAGCUUUCUCAGACAAAACAGCAAGUAGAGGAGCAGAGAAGGAACCUCCACCUCGAAGUGGAAGUCCCUCAGAUGGGAAUCUGUUUGAUGAAGCAAUGGAUGGUGGUCCAGUGAGUGUUAAUGGUCGAGAUGAGGACGUCUCUGACCUCUUCGACAUGUCCGGUCUCAGAGACAGCCUUGCCAACACUAAGCCUCGGAGAUGCAGGACACCUGAGUCCUUCCUCGGGCCAACAGCUGCUUCCUUGGUAGACCUAGAUGCGCUGAUUCCCAUGAAUCCCUCAGCCAAGACCACAAAUCCAUUUUUAGCAGGUCCCAGUGCUCCUUUAGCUGCCAAUCCAUUCCAAACGGAGCAGCCGAAAGUCAGCCUGAAUGAGAUGAGCUCUAGUUUCACCUCUCCAGCUCCCCAAAGCAACUCCCUGCCAUACAGCGCCUCACUGCCCCUGCCUACAAGCCAACAGUGUGCCACCAUUCCUUCGUCACUCACUCACCCCACUCCGCCUGGUCUGGAACUGCCAGUGAAGCUCCCCGAGCCUUUGUUGCCCUUCUCCUCAGCCAGUAAUGAGGAAAUACAAGCCACACAAAUCAACGUGAACCCAUUCUUAUAAGGACCACCCCAACUGGAAAAAUAUGGGCUAGAAGAAAGAGGAAUGCUAUUAGUUUAUGCUCUUGGAAUAACACUGAUUUUGCAAACCAAAACUGCAGCCCUAAAGACUUGUAUGAGAAGCCUAUUAUUAAUGGUUUUUAUUUUGUAUAAAACAGUAAUCCUUAUAUUCGCACAAGCUAGUUCUACUCCUCACAACGACCAAUGAAAGCUGUUGAACUGUUACUAAUGAGUUACAAAUUCAAACGAAACAGAAGCACACUUUAAUAUUACGUUGUACCGAUCAAAGGCCUCCGAAGUCUCGCAACGGGCAUCAUGACAACCUGUUCAGCGCCUGAAACGCUCCUGCAUCAAUUCAUUUAACCGAUGUUGCUUCUGUGGACCACUAUUGACUGGUUUAUUCAAUGCAUAUAUAAUUUGAGAAUAACUGUGGAAUGAAAUUACACUUUGUGCUUUGGAUUUCCAAUAUGCAAGAUAGCAUCUGGAAUGUAAAACCAUUUGCAUGUGAAAUACUAACUCAUCAAUUACAGCAGCAGAAACUACAGCCAUUUUCUGCAUGAAGAAUUAUUUAGCCUUUUGUUCUCAUCUCCUCUGUUAUCAUCAGUAUAUUUAAUUAGAAAAUAAUCGCCCAAAGUAAAAAAAGCAACAUAAAACAGC